AUGUCUCACAGGAAGUUUGAGCGCCCGAGGAGCGGCUCCUUGGGUUUCUUGCCCCGCAAGCGUUGCAAGAUGCACAGAGGAAAGGUCCGUUCCUUCCCCAAGGACGAUCCUUCCCUUCCUCCUCAUUUCACGGCCUUCAUGGGCUACAAGGCUGGUAUGACCCACGUCGUUACCGAGGUUGACAGGCCAGGCUCCAAGCUCCACAAGAAGGAGGUUGUAGAGGCUGUCACCAUCGUGGAGACGCCACCAAUGGUCGUCGUCGGACUCGUUGGAUAUAUCGAGACCCCCAAGGGACUCAAGGUGCUCACAACCGUCUGGGCAGCUCACCUGUCUGACGAGUGCAGAAGAAGGUUCUACAAGAACUGGUACAAGUCCAAGAAGAAGGCCUUCACCAAGUACACUAAAAAGUUCCAGGAGGGCAAGGUCGACAAGGAGAUUUCCAGAAUCAAGAACUACGCCACCGUUGUAAGGGCCAUCUGCCACACACAGCCAUCCAAGCUCUCCAUCUCCCUCAGGAAGGCCCAUAUCAUGGAGGUCCAGGUCAACGGCGGAAGCAUUGCCGAUAAGGUUGACUUUGUGACUGGUUUGUUCGAGAAGCCCAUUCCGGUUUCGUCUGUAUUUUCCGAGAAUGAAAUGCUCGACACUGUUGGUGUGACCAAGGGUCACGGAACAAAGGGUGUCGUAUCUCGUUAUGGUGUCACUAGACUCCCAAGAAAGACCCACAGAGGUUUGAGAAAGGUUGCCUGUAUCGGUGCUUGGCAUCCUGCUCGCGUUCAGUUCCAGGUUCCCAGACAUGGUCAAAAGGGUUACUUCCACAGGACUGAGAGAAAUAAAAAGAUUUACAGAAUUGGUCUUGGUACUAAUCCCAGGAACGCUUCUACUGAUGCUGAUUUGACUGAAAAGAAGAUUACGCCAAUGGGUGGCUUCCCUCACUAUGGUGUUGUAAAGGAGGACUUUUUGAUGCUCAAGGGCUGCAUUGUUGGCCCCAAGAAGCGCGUAAUCACCCUCAGGAAGACCCUUGUUCCACAAGUCUCCAGGGCUGCCCUCGCAGAGGUUUCUCUCAGGUUUAUCGAUACUUCCUCCAAAUGGGGACACGGAAGAUUCCAGACUUCUGAUGAAAAGAAGAAGUUUUACGGACCACUCAAGUCUCAUGCUGAAACUGCCUAG